CGUCGCACUAGGACUGGACCGAGCAGCCAGGUAAGCCCCUUCGUGAACUGUGAAAUCCAUGUCCAGGAAGCAUUUUGACCGUGUGCCGGGCGUCCUCACUGCCUCCAGAACGCUAGCACGACUCGUGAAAGUAUCUAGUUCUACGGGUCAAAAACAUCCUGUUGAUGUUGGAACUCCGUUUGGGCAUUUUAGAGUCAUUGCCUACACAUAUUCUGGUAGCAUGGGUAUGAAUUUCAGCCGCCUGAACGGUCGCAGGGCAGCACAUUAUGAUAUGGGAGCGCGACCUGAGCGCUCGUUGGGCCGGUACCUGCCACACGCCAUUGCGGCGGAUUGCGCCGAGUCUCCUACAACAACCAGUCACCCGCUGGUGGAGCUAAGAGAAACUGCCGGAGUGGUGCUAUCCGAAGUUGAUAUCAGUAACAUUGAACAAAGCUCUGUGAUGGCCAUGGAGGCAAAUCAAGAACAGAAGCGAGAUGACGAGCGCCAUGAUGCGGAUGAAGUUAACAUUCCCUGUGGCGUGAGAAACACAUUCUGCCAGUAUGCCUUCUCUCCACCAGCGUCAGGAGCAGCUGCUGCUACAGCCUCUAGCCAUGGAGAAGCGCUGAGCCGAGCAAGUGACCCGGCCAUUCAUGCUACACGGGCACACAAGAUUGUAGUGCUUCACGUGAACUUCGUCUCGGCCUGGAGGCACUGUGAAGAGAAUUCGCCAUGGACAACAAUUGAACAGAUGAUGGAAUUAAUGGCCAAAGAGCACGAUAUCCGUGUGGAAUGGAAGAGACUGGAUGGCAUCUUAUCGGUUCAGGGCAUUGGUACAAAUGCCCAGGAGGUUCAACGCUGCCUCGAGGAGCACAACAGAGAAAGCGGGGUGCACGUUAUAGGUGUCCUUAGCAUGGACGACUCUAAUCGCCUCGCUGUUACUCACGAGAUAGAGCAGCAGUCAAACACCUUGAAGCCAGUGUAUGACAAACUACGAGAUGGCACAAGAAAGCUCAUGAUCGUGUGUCGCGACGAGGCAAGCAAGAGGCUCGGUGCCAGGGUCUGCUCUGUAGGUAUUCAAGACAGACUGGAGAACUCCUUGCCACGAGCCUUUUUUGAUGCACUGGGCCCGGGCCUUGUGCUCAGCUGGUGGAAUACAGUAUCCAGCAAGCAGCUGGUUGAGAUCUCAAAGUUCAUGGACAUCCAGCGCAAGCCAAUCCUCUACCUGGAUGGGGGGAAAAAGCUCAAUAAGCAUGCCAAGCCUGCUCCGAAUCUGGAAUUCUGUAUCGUACAUAACCAAGAAGAGAGUGCCAUGGCUAACCUAGUUAUUGAGCAGUUGCCAUACGGUGGAAGUGAACAGGCCAGCCGCCUUCCCAUCACAAGGAGGAAUACGCUCACCGAGAAUCUGGUAGAGGAAAAGCUAAACAGCAUGCAAGAAGGCACCCGCAAAGUUGCUGUCCUAUUGGAGUGGAGCGACCAGAGCGUUGAGACGUUCUCGAAGUACCACAACACACUCACAGCAUUCGACGUCGUCAUCCUCUGCUUCAUGGGAUACAGCAAGGAACGAGAUCGAGAAAACGUUGCGGCAGCAAGGGAAAUCUUCAAAGAUUGUGAACCAAAUGUUCACUUGUGGUGGUGGCAUGAUCCCAAUGAAGCCAUGAAGUCUCUAGAAGUACAGAAUAUCCCAUGGGCCCAUCAGCAUAAGAAGAAAGCAUGGCUUAGGCGCAGGUGGGAGGACGUAAUCGAGUAUGCGUCUGGAAUCAGACACCUUAUGUUACGGCUUGUAUGUGAAUAGAAGCAGCAAAGUCCUGAGCCACCCACACCCACAAUGAGCAGUACGUCUCGUUCAGCUCCCGCCCCCUCCCCCCCCCCCUCCACACACACACACACACACACACACACACACACACACACACACACACACACACACACACACACACACACACACACACACACACACACACACACACACACACACACACACACACACACACACACACACACACACACACACACACACACACACACCUCUUGUUCUCAUAUGUCCACAAAAGGAGAGCAGAGGUUUUUGCUCGCUUGUUUCCAGACAAUAGACAGGCUCCUAUAAAUUUACAAAGACUGAAGAUCCAAGUGCCAAGGUUAAUAUUUUUAAUUUUAUUUUGAAAGCCUUUUCGCUAUCAUCAUAAUUGUUUGGCCUUCUAUGCUUUCCUUAGCAUUGCCGAAUUCUGAUUAGGUGGCAUUCUUGGACUUUGCACGAUGUAGUGCUAAGCCAGUCGCCACUCACAGACCACUCUCUGAGCCAGGCUCUAUUCACCGUGAAUCUCAUGACUGCCAUUGCCUGGGUACCGGUAAUCGUGCUGCAUGUUUUGUAAACUUCAGUAGAUGAUUAUCGACAACAAAUAGGCCAAGUGCAGACCAUCAUUAUCCGCAACGCUGGCCAUUAUCAGCUACAGCAUUUACCAUAGUUCAAUAGUAGGAAUCUCCAAUCUUCCUCUUAUCAAAUUACGCUUCGUGGAAC